UUUGCCUACCGCACAGACUAGAUUUAUCACUACGUCAUGCUGCUGGCAGUUGCAACGUUUGUGUCUAUUGUUUUUGGCGUGUGGGCUAUGCGCGUCAUUUUCAGAAAGAAGAGAAAGCCUCUGGAAAUGUCUGAUGGAUGGUGGACGUCACGUGACCGACCUGCUGUAGAAGACGAUGAAAUCCGACCAUUCGCAAUUAGUAUUCAAGAAGAAGACUUGUUAGACUUGAAAGGCAGACUGUCAAAGACUCGUUGGAUUGCUGAAUUUGAAGACGGACGCUGGUCGUACGGUGCUAAUCUUGACUACAUGAAGAACCUCAUCAACUACUGGCAAAACGAGUUUGAUUGGCAUAAACAAGAAUCGAUUCUUAAUCAAUACGACCACUUUGUAACUAACAUCGAAGGUCUUGACGUUCACUACAUAAAAGUCUGUCCAACUGAUACAAAUCUAAGACUCAAGGCAAAGCCAUUGUUGAUGAUCCACGGUUGGCCGGGAUCGUUUUUUGAGUUCUAUAAGAUCAUGCCGUUUCUUGUUGAUCCACUAAAUCACGGUGGCACUGAAGGCGAUGCGUUUGAAGUCGUUUGUCCUUCAAUUCCAGGUUAUGGAUUUUCACAAUCAGCAGAGAAACAGGGACUUGAUAUUGUAGUUGUGGCGAGGAUUUUUGGUAAACUGAUGGCACGACUUGGCUUUAAAUCGUAUUUUGUACAAGGAGGAGACUGGGGAUCAUCUGUGGCUACAACAAUGGCCAAUAUUGAUAAACAUCAUGUGAGAGGUAUUCACUUGAAUCUCUACAUUACGUUGGACUCACGUUUUGCUUUCGUACGAGCAUUUCUUUCUGGUCUGUUUCCACGUUUGUUCGGUUGGUUGCUGAAAGACAGUGAGCGGAAAGUUUUCAAGCCUACAUUCUUUGAUGUCAUGAAGAAGGUUCUUAAUGGGAUGGGAUAUUUUCUACUGCAGUCAACGAAACCACACACACCAGCGUACGCAUUGAAUGAUUCUCCUGCAGGAUUGGCUGCUUACAUUGCAGAGAAAUUCUCGAGCUGGUCGGAUGGGGAUGAAGAUCAGUUAGUUCCGUUUGAUGAUUUGCUGACUAAUAUCAGUAUUUAUUGGUUCACACAAACUAUUGGAUCAUCUAUGCGAUUCUACAAGGAGAAUCUUACCAGUCGGCAAGCAAGGAAGGCUAGCAGGAUGUCUGUUGAAGUUCCUACUGCACUUGCUACUUUUCCGGGUGAAUUCUUUCAUGUUCCAGUGACUUGGGUGCAUGGCCACUUUCCAAAUAUUGUACAGAUUACAGAGAUGCCAAGAGGUGGCCAUUUCGCAGCUAUGGAAGAACCAGAACUGCUGGCCAAGGAUGUCAGAAAAUUCUGUCAGAAAAUUAAGGAGGGGCAGUCAAAUUUUGAGUAGUACAUGUAUGUAUGUAUUUUGAUGCAAUGACACAACUAAGAAAGUACAGUUGCUGUAUACUAUACGACUUGUUUAGUUGGCUGGUAGCUACAGUAUGGUAAGUAACACUCACUUCUUGCUUACUAGUUUUUGCUUGAAGCAUGACAUUGUGUUAUUGUUGUUGUUAUUGUUGUUUUGUGUAUACAUGUUAUAUUUUUCAAUUUGGUGAAUAAAUGAUCAGGUUUG